GUCAGCACGUCCUAACGGAGAGGCCAGCAGACGACGACUGGAGGGCAUCGCUGCGGUGCGUACUGGCAAGAGUAGUAGUAGUGGAUCGGUGAGAUGCAGCUAUUGGCGGUGUGGGCAGUGCUGGCGGCAACGGCAGUGCCGAGUGGCCUGGCCGAUGUGGACCUGUUCUGCGGCUGCCGAGUGCAGCACCACCAGGACUGGACGUAUGCCCUCCACUGCACCAGAAACAAGAAUGAGCCCUCUGGUGUUUCUUGCGGAAAAGCCGAGGUGCCGGAGAUCCCACCGGGCUACAACUACGUGCCGGGCUACGGGCUCAUCAGGCUGUACCGCACCUUCAAACCGUGGGCGGCCGCCAAGAAGUUCUGCGAAGACGAGGGGGCGCAGCUGGCGGUGCCACCGGACCGCUACGCCUAUGACGGCCUGAAGCAGAUCUUCCCCAAAGAGAAGGGGAUAUGGUACGCCUACGUUGGAAUCUCAGAUCGAGUGAGCGAGGGCGUAUUCGUAGGAAUGGAUGGUCGUCCAGUGCCGUACCUGCCAUGGCAGCCUAAUGAGCCCAACAACGGUAAUGGUAUAGAAGAAGACUGCGUCGACGUCCGCAACGACGGACUGCUGAACGACGUGAAUUGCGAGAAUCCAGCGCCUUUCUUGUGUGAGCGCCGGCUUUCGGUGGGCCUUCCCGAUGGCUACACAUGGUCGGCGGACGCAGGGCGCUUCUACAAGGUGCACACGGAUAAAAGAGUAUAUGCGGACGCAGCAGAGGUGUGUCACUCAGAGAACGCGACGCUCGCUGUCACUGACACGUGGCGCCGCGGUGAGGCGUUGCUGAGACUCGUCGAGCCGAAGUAUGAUGGCUACUUCAUAGGCUUCACGGAUGAAGCUGUUGAAGGCGACUUCGUCACCGAAACAGGCAGGCACCUAAAAGACAUGGAGUUCCAGGUUUGGGGCGUUAACGAGCCGAACAACGUCGACGGUGGGAAACCCGAGAACUGCCUAACUCUGACGGGCAGAGGCUACUACAAUGACGUACUGUGCGACAAGAAGUUCCUCUUCAUCUGUGAGAUUGCGCCCGUAUAAUAAGUUGGUGUUUCCAGAACACAGGUCAUAUCACCAAUGAAAAGAAGGGACCGUCCCGAUCUCGGUAAAGCUGCGAAGCCGAGUGAAGGACGGAACAGUUGUACAGCUGAAAUGAGAAUAAUUAUAUCUCAGUAAUCUGUAGCACGUUCUUAGCUCUGUGUAUCGCGUGCAGUGUUCAUAUUACGACUGUGUGAAAUAUAAUCCGCUGUAUCAGCUA